CGCAGCACCGAGAAGACCUUGGUGAGUGCUCUCUCUCACCUUGCUCGGGCAUAGGGGCUUCCUGCUCACAUGGUGUAGCAGGCACCUUCCUCGAAACACUACAAUGGCAGCGGAGGUGAGGACUCAGCUUCCAGAACACCCACUGACAAGUCCAAAGGCUGAUCUGAAACCUGAGAAGUCAGGGCCUGGGCCACAGAGCCACAGGGACAGCAGACCACAGAAAGAGCCAGUGAUCCCAGGCAUUGUGGACGUGGAGCUGAUCCAAGAAGUGCUGAGGACCCCCAAGCCCCACACUUCUGGCACAUACCGCUUCGGCCGUCUCAGCCACCACUCCUUCUUCUCCAGGCACCACCCCCACCCACAGCGCGUGACCCACAUCCAAGAUCUCACUGGGAAGCCUGUCUGUGUCGUCAGGGACGAGUUCUCUCUGAACCCCCUGCCUCAGUUCACACCUUUACCCCACUGUCUGAUGGGGAUGCCCACCAUCUCGGUCCCUAUUGGGGACCCACAGUCCAAUCGGAACCCCCAACUCGCUUCAGAGGCCUGGAAGAGGGAGUUGAAGGAACUGGCUUCCCGAGUGGCUGUCUUUACCAAGGAGACAGAGCUAAAGAACAAAGAGUCUCAGCAGAAGGAGGAGCCUCAGAGGGAGCAGGGAGCGAAGUACUCUGCUGAAACCGGAAGGCUCAUCCCCACCUCCACCCGAGCCCUCAGUCGCCGCAGCUUCCGCCAGGGCCAGAGGAGCCACCCUUCCAGCAGAGACGGAGGAACCCCGGCCUCCCUCCUGCAGGACCAGAAGCUGCUGCCAAUUGCAGAAGACAAAGUCACCGCCUCUGUCCAAAACUGAAAAACCAGUGUACAUCGGAAAAGCCCAAGUCCUCCAGGUGCACACAGACAAAGACCCAGAGGAGAACACCUCCAAGCCAAAGGCAGAGAGCUGACGACACCACAGCAGAGCCAGGUGACUCUGUCUGCUUCGUGCUCAGGGGACCCCUGAGUCCCAGCACUCCCUGCCCCACCAGUCCACGACCCCCUGAUCACCUACCACAGAGUCUGCUAAUAAAGCAUCAUCUUCCUUCAGAAGGGACCUCCCCACUGUCCUAGCAGAAGGAGCCCUGAGCUUGGGGCUGAUCUCUCAGAAGAGGAAGGGUUCCCUCAAGCUUUCCCUCCCAUGGAGAAAGCUCAGGUGCUACUGCCUAUGAGGGUUGAGCUGGGUCUUUUACAUUCUGGUAAAUUGGGGUGCAGCUGGGAAGGGGACUCUGCCCAACCUGAAGCCAGAACCCACAGGGCUCUGGGUAUGUUAGAAUGGAGGUCAGGGAACCCCCAUUCUCUUUAGGAUGACCAUUCUUGCAAGAUGCGUUCCAGGGACUAAGGCAGAGACAGCUAAUACAGUUGGAGAUGGGCACCGUGUGAAUUGCUCCACAUAAAUGCUCAGUA